ACAUUACCGCCCUUGCAUCGUCCUUCGCCGUCGAUAUCGCACCCUGUUCCCUUGACAAGCGCGUACAGGAAUACGCUCGGAGGGAAUCACUGGUAGUCGCAUCAUGCGUAGAUAGCUGUCGGCACUGUCAUCUCUUUCCUUUCUCUUCUGCCACCCACCUCGAUCCUUUGCGCAUACCCAUUUGACCCUCGAUCGACAUCAAAUCUACAAUGGGUGGGAUACUUCUCCUUUUAGGCUUAUGCCUAGUUAUGGCUCUGGCCUCGUUCCUCGCCGGAGCGCUACCAUUGUCCAUGUCGCUUUCUCCAUCUCAACUGCGACUGCUAUCGAGUGUUGGCGUAGGAAUAUUAGUCGGCACCUCACUUAUAGUUAUUAUUCCCGAAGGAAUCGAGGCUGCGACCUCACCCGCAGAGGCUGCUCACAUGCAUCGAGUCAGAACCUUGGUGCGCCGAAGCCCCUGGAACCACCCUGUUCUCGCACGCGGCAUUCCCGAAUCAAUUGCUACGAUUAGCACAGGUCCGAUUCAAAAACGUGACGAGGAAUUGAACAUUGAAGCAAUCAUUCGUCGGGUCGCGAAGUCAGCAACAGGAAAUGCCCGAGUCGAACGUGCGGAUGUUCAUGCUGCUGUGGAAGCUGCAGCUGACGUCCCGGCUAUACCAACAGCCGCAGAUGCCACCGAGGACAACACUUCAGAAAACAAAGGGACCGAAAAGACAGAAACCGAAAAAGAAGACGGACAUAGUCACAAUGAGGAUCAAGAAGCGGAACACGAUCACGAACAUGAAGACGAGCACGAGCACGUGCAUGCGGUUCCUACGUUCGAGAUCGGAUUCUCCCUGAUCCUAGGAUUCCUGCUGAUGUUCCUGAUUGAUCGACUGCCUCGCCAUGCAACAGAGAGUCUCCAUUCUGCGCCGCAGACACGCCAUAUCAGCCUCGACAACCUCAACGGCGAUUCCGCCUCAGUUGACGAGGAAGCAGAUGGGUUUUUGGGGUCGUUGGCACCCAGUCCACGACGAGCGCGAAGUUUGGCAACGACCACGGGCUUAGUUAUCCAUGCUGCAGCCGACGGAAUCGCAAUGGGAGCUUCCUCAACCACUACAGACAUGAAGCUUGGCUUCAUCAUCUUUGCAGCCAUAAUGAUACACAAAGCUCCUGCUGCUUUUGGUCUCACCUCUCUUCUCCUCAAACAGGGCCUAUCAAAACGAGCUGCUCGAGGACAUCUCAUUGUUUUCAGUUUGGCUGCCCCUGUUGGGGCGAUAACAACAUGGUCACUUAUCACACUGCUGGGUGGUGGCAAGGUUGAGAGUGAUCAUUGGUGGACGGGCAUGCUGCUUCUUUUCUCAGGUGGCACGUUCUUAUAUGUUGCCAUGCAUGCUAUGCAAGAAGACAGCGGUAGCCACCAACACGAUCAUGGCCUUAAUGGCUAUGCAGAUAGCAGCGUCACGACGCAGCGAAAACCCAAGGGCCCGCAGAUGCGUGAUACCUUGGCCACUGUGGGUGGUAUGUUGGUGCCGCUUCUUACGCAGUUUGGCCAUCACCACUAAGACGCGUAUAUUGGGAGCUUGGAGUAUGGGUGGUGAAGCCAUAUUUCACAAGUCAUGGAUCGAUUCGCUGCUUCUCAAAGCCUCUGUUUCUCUUUUUUUUUUGUUGGAGCCGGCGAGCUCUUCGCAACUAUUGUGGAAGGGAUUGAUUAAAAUAGACCUACGAGCGACUCUCGAGUUAUUAAGAAUAAUAUCAAGGGAUGGGAUUUAUAAGGGUGACAUGGGAUAUCUGGACGCAUUUGGUUACAAGAGAUGUAUAAAUAGGGAUUCGAGGU